CAGUGUCGUGUCCCCGGAGCCUGGACUGUGCCCUGCAGCGCCGGGAGUUCUGCCCGCCAGGGUCGGGUGCCUGCGGGCCCUGCCUGGCCCCCUUCCAGGAGGAUGACCACGGGCGCUGCGUCCAGAGGCAGCUCUCACCCAGUGGACGGACCUCCGUUCCCAGCUUGGAGGCAGAAAUCGAUUUUCUGGCAGAUGUUCUGGCCAGGCAAGAGGCUCCUCGACCCCACCCGCUACAAGAUGGCAGACCCAGGAGCACCCCCGAGCCCAGCGGUGGCAGGCAGCGAGUGGCCAGCAGGCUGAGAGACGGGCGACUGCAGAGGGGUCCCACUGGCACUGCCACAGCUGCCACCCUCCCCACCACUGCCACAGGCCACAAGUUCCCAGCGGAGGCAUCCCCCAUCCCUGCUAAUGACAACAUGGUGCUUGGUGAGACCCUGGGGAUGCGUGGGAAGGGGUUUCACACCCUCGCCAGGAAAGCAUGGGCUGGUGGCACCAUGUCGCUGGCUCACCCUGCCCUUCCGCUGCAGAAGGAGGUGAGGCUGGCACAGAAAGCAGACUACUCAGUCCAGCGAGUGGCCAGCCCCCUGCCCUACGACAAGAUCUCGCCUGGGGACAAAACGCUGGCUCAGAGUGCCCAGAUGUACCACUACCAGCACCAAAAGCAGCAGAUGCUCUCCCUGGAGAAGCAUAAAGAGGAGCCUAAGCUGCCAGACUCAGCAUCCUCUGAUGAGGAGAAUGAGGAUGGAGAUUUCACCGUGUACGAGUGCCCUGGGCUGGCUCCG